CCCUGCUCGCUCCCCUCGAAAAAAAAAACCACCUCGCCCCUGACCUCGGCCGCUUGGCUCGCGAUCUCGCCGGCUCGCUGCCUGCCUCGCCGUCGCUAGACGCCUAGGAGCCGCCCCUGCCCGCUCCGCCCUCCCGGCGCUCGGCGCCACCGCGCCCCUCCCUGGCACCCCUGCAAGACGGCGCCUGCCGCCCAGUCCGCUCUCCGCCGACUCCGGCACUCGGCCGGCAGCAAGCCAGCAACCCUGCCCGGCGGCCAGCCUUUAGCCCGAUUUGAGGACUUGAGGCAGGUUUUCCACUGCGGCACUUGCCAUUCCCCAUUUUCUGAUUUAGGGUUUGCUCUUUGCUCUCUAUUGCAUCAAUCAGAUGUAAGAGUCAAGUCUAUUGCGUUAACUAAACGAUCAGACUUGCUAUCCAGGACAUGAACACAUACACAUAAUUUUGCUAUCCAGUACAUGAAAACCUGAUCAGUAACAUAAUAGUGAUUUGUCUGAUCGUUUGCCACUCUAACAAAUUAACAAUGCCACAUAGUCCUCUGUGAACUUCUCAAGGUAUGUAUUAUGAAGGUUUCUCAUGGAAAAUUGAGAAUUUUAGUAUGUCCGUAAGACCAUAUUGAUCUAUUUUUAUGUGCUAUUGGUAAAUUAAUUAGAAUGUGGCAUGUCAUAUUCGUUGUCAAUUUUUUUAGGUAGACCACCCUGUUCUGAAAUCCUAGACCCGCCGGUGAGGUGAGCACCGUGCCACCGACAGGAACCAGACGGGUCAGAAAAUCACCAGUGAGUCAGCGAUCCACCCUGCCGGUGUUCUGCUCUCACGGUGCUUUUCCCCCGCCCGACCCAUGGCGCCGCCACUCGUCGCCAUCGUCUGGCUCGCCACUGCCUCCCGUGUCUUGGUCCUUACUCUCUCUCUGCUCGCUCGCCUUCUCUUCCGCCCCUACGACACCUCCGCCUCCCUUCACCCGCCUUGUCUCUCCUCCCCCUCCUUCCCCCCUUCCGCCUCCUCUUCUAAUUCCACUGCUACCGCCACCGCCAUCUCGUCCCUAGCUGUAUGGGACGGUGUCCACUUCGCUCGCUCUGCCGAGUGCGGCUACGAGUAUGAGCAGUCAUUCGCCUUCCUCCCCCUCCUCCCAGCCUCAAUCGCUCUACUCUCCCGGUCCCUGUUCGCGCCGCUGGUGCCGAUGCUGGGGUACAGGGCCGUGCUUGUGAUCUCCGGGCAUGUUCUGAACAAUGUGGCAUUUGUUGCCGCCGCGGCCUAUUUCUACAGAUUAUCUGUGCUGAUCUUGAAGGACUCAGGAGCGGCUUACCGUGCAUCUGUUCUUUUUUGCUUCAAUCCAGCUUCUGUGUUCUACUCAUCACUAUAUUCAGAAAGUCUUUAUGCCCUUUUUUCGCUCGGAGGGCUGUUCUACCUGUUUUCCGGUGCUCGUACCGUUGCAAUGAUAAUGCUCGCUCUAUCUGGUUCAGCUAGGUCAAAUGGAGCACUUAAUGCUGGCUAUAUCUGUUUUGAGGCUUUGCUACAAGCAUAUGAUGCUGCUAUCCAGAAGAAAAGGCCCAUGUGGGCAGUGCAGGCCCUUGUCACUGGAUUUUUGCGCUCCACUUUUGUAUUCCUACCAUUCUUUGCCUUUCAAGCAUAUGGAUAUUUGAACAUAUGUGUACACGGGGACACGGAUGAGCUGAGGCCAUGGUGCAAAGCAAAACUGCCCCUUUUGUAUAGUUUUAUUCAGAGUCACUACUGGGGAGUUGGUUUCUUGAGAUACUUUCAAGUCAAGCAGCUGCCCAACUUUAUUUUGGCUUCACCAGCACUAUCUCUUGCAGUUUAUUCUAUAGUUCACUACACAAAAUUGCUUCACCAACUCUUCCAAUCAACUAGCAUACACGAGCAGAUAAUUGCCAUUGUUGACGGGAGGUUAGUUGAAGCACAUGAAAGCUCAGAUGUUGCCACAGUGUUGAAGAGUGAAAUUUCUACCGGACUACAUAACAAAAAGCAAGGGAACACUGAGGUUAAGAAGAGAAAAUCUGUCGCAGCCAGCGCUGCUUCAGCAGCAUCUUUAGAUGGCAAUACAUCAACAGGCCGCAUUGUGGGCGAUAACAAGGAUGAGUGCCCCUUGCUAGUUCUUCCUUUCAUUUUACACCUGACAUUCAUGACAUUUACCGCCUUCUUUGUGAUGCACGUCCAGGUGUCAACGCGGUUUCUGUCUGCCAGUCCCCCGAUCUACUGGGCUGCUUCGCGCAUUCUGGCUCCUGCAAGGGGCGGCUCUUGCAAGAGAUGGGGAUACUUCAUCAUCGUCUACUUCGUUGCUUAUAUUCUUCUCGGCAGUUUGCUCUUCCCCAACUUCUACCCAUUCACAUGAGAACAGCUGCUGUCACGCACACACGAAUUGUAUGAGCUUAGCCUAGAGGUUCUCCUUGGCGGAACGUUCCUGUACAGUUGGUGUAUCUCUUUCCUUUUGUUCCCUGAAACCACGGCCAUAGAAUUGAGGAGUGCAUUCUGGAGGUUUUUCUUUCUGGGAGAUCUGAAUCAUAUGCUCCGUUUCCUAGGUUGCACUUGGUCACAUGCCAUGUUAUUUUGACACCUUGAUAAUACUUCCUCCGUUCUGAAAUACUGAACUACAUAUGGAUGUA